AUGACGGAUAAAAGUAAAGCACAAUCUCUUCACGAUGCAGUUCGGUUGGGUGAUAUCAAAAUGGUUCAUACAAUUCUAAAAAGAGAUCCAUCUUGUGUUAAUGAUUGGGAUCGUGACUUAAAAACCCCAUUGCACGUGGUCUACGAUGACGUAAAUUAUGACAAUCUUGUACAAGAUGGCGAUAGAUUAUUGAUGAUGCAAGUACUCAUUGAUUGUGGUGCAGAUGUCAAUGCACGAGGAGGACGACUAGAUGAAUCAGUGCUUCACGUUGCAGUCAAUAAAAAACAUAUCAAUGGAGUGGAGUGUCUCUUAAGGAAUGAAGCCAAUCCAGAUAUCCAAAAUACAAUAAAUGAAACAGCGUUGCAUUACGCAGUUAGAAUGAGAUCUGAGGGGAUCAUGAGGCUGUUGUUAAGUAACAAUGCAAACCCAAACAUCAAUGAUGCUUUUCAUCAAACACCACUAGAUUAUGUUGUAUGUAAUCGUGAUAUUGAUUACUUAAAAAUACUUACGGACUAUGGUGUUAAGAGCUUAAACAUCUACAAACUGAUAGGUCAACUAUGUCAAAGACGUUUAGAGCCAUUAGAUAAUUUACUUUUAGAAUAUUUGUAUGAAUAUGGGCCCUCACUAAAUGAUUGCUUCUCUUACAGGACUCUGUCAUACUAUUUAAUUUCGAAUUACCACUUAUUUAUUAACAUCAAACACUGCUCGUUUUAUGAUUUAGUAUACGAAAAUAGCAAUUCACUGGAUAGGGAAAUGCACCUCUCAGAUCUUCAUUUAGCUGCCUACAACCUUGAUGUAGAAUUUGUGAAAGAUCUUCUUAAAAAAGGGGUCAAUGUUAAUAUCAAAAACAGCUUUGAUGAGACGCCGUUGCACGUGGUGUUAAGAAAGCAUUUUUGGUUUACGCAAAAAACUAGAAAAAUAAUUCUUCUACUGAUUAAACAUGGAAGUGACUUGCGUGCACAAAACUACUUACAUGAAACACCAUUUUUUUUGGCUACAAGAGCACUCAUCCCACCAUUAAUAAAUCUUAUGCUUGCAAAAAUAGCAGGAGUCAAACCGUCAAUACUCAAUCAUUCAAUAAAUUACUUUGAUGCUUUCUGGACUGCCGACUUUAAGACUAAGCCCGAGCUAUAUGAACUUUUUGUUGCUAGUACUUUGGGUUACGUGGAAAUCGUUGAUCGUUUUCUGGACAUCAGUUUUAUUGACGAAGCAAGUAAAAAUUGUUGUGAAACUAUUAACAAAAUUUUGGGUAAUGCUAUGGUAAAGAAGCAGUACAGUAUCGUUAAAAUACUCCUGGAGGCUGGUUUUAUAGUUGAUGGGCAUUUCAAUCUUUACUUAUCACUUUUACGGAUACACAAAUGUGAAGAGGACGAUUUAAGCAUAGCCUGCUUGUGUCGGGAGUUUGGAGAUAACGCAACCAUAAACCAAAUGAUAAGACGUACCUUCAAUUAUGUUAUUUCAAAUGGACCUAUUAAUGAAUUUACAUAUCUUUUGGUUUUUAUGUACACCAUAUCCUUACGAAAGGAAAAUUUAAGCAAAGACUUCAUUCCAUCAAAAGGAUUGUUUAAGUUGCAAAAUGAUGUGUCAAAAAUUAUUUCAGAAUGUAACGUGAUACUAGACGAAUUGAAAAAAGAUGAAGCAAAUAAUAUGUCAAUAUUUGAUGUCAUAACGAUGCCAUUUAACUUUGAAAGUAACAGCCAGAUAACUGACUAUUGGGACAUGACCGAGUACUGGGACAUCGACCUUAAAUAG